AUGGCAUAUUGGACAGCAUUUACCACAUUUUGUAUCUUUAUCCUAACUGGUGUUGUUACUGGAGCCGACCAUCAAUCAAUAUGUGAUAUUACUCGGGUAACAGAUAUCAUAGACUCCCAAAAGUUCAGCCGUGAUUCUAUUGAUGACUACCAAUCAUUAUUGCCGCAAAUAUCAACUUAUUGUCAUGGUAAGGAAUGGGAUCAAAUAAUUAAUAAGAUCAAUUAUAAUCUCGGAAUUAUAUAUCUCUCAAUUGGGCAGGACCAUCAAGCAAUGAAGUCAUUUAGAGAAGUGUUGCUUUCUAAUAACACGGCAUAUGAAGAUUUAUCCCUGGAAAGAUUGAACGAGCUAUAUAAGAAAUAUGGGGAGUGGGAUAAAGUGAAAGAAGGUGAAUCAAAGCUGAUGCAAGAGAGAUUCCACCAAUUAAUCGAAUCAAUAACAACACAUAUAGGAAAUGCAGAAUCGUCAAAGUUGUUAAACGAACAAUUUGAAGAAGCAUUUAAAAUCUCACCGUAUGCAUUUAAACUUCGAGUUUUAUACAAUGAUUUUCUCUUGGAUCAAUUGGCUGAUAUCAUUGAUUUGAAUGUUGCGCAUAAAGCUGUAGAAAACCUUCAAACACUUUUGGAUAAAUUCGGAAAUAAAAUAGAACUAAACAAUAGACUUGCAUUGUAUGACGAAUUAGCUACUAUGCAACUAUUCAUAUUGAAUACUCAAUCCCAGGUAACCUUAAGAAAAUGCCUAAAUCUUGAUAUGGAUUAUCAACCUUGCAAAUAUCUCAUGAAGGUCUGGAACCAAAUCUCUAAAAAUCUUCCUCCUCCAUCAAAAAUGAUCGAUAUAGAGGAUUAUAUGUCAUACACUACAGAUUGGAGUAGAGCAACUAACUUUUUGUUGGAUAACAAGAGGUCAGUUAUUGCAAAGUAUGGAAACAACUUGAAAAACUACGAAAUUCUCGUCAAGUAUCAUGAUGAAAAAAUCAAACAAAUAUUGGAAUCCCGUCCUUUAAGCAAUAAAACUUGGCAUUACGACUCCGUAGACACACAUACAGAUUUCUUGAUAUAUCUUAAUGUUGUUAUAUGUGAAGCUUUAGAUAUGCAGUCGUCUUCAAAGAAAGCAUCAAAAUAUUGUUAUAAUGCCAUGAAGGAAAGUUUGACUCCAGGAGAAAUAGAGAAGCUAAAAGCAUACUUUAAGAAAUUUGAAUCGCCCAAUACACUAAAAGAACUAUUAACAGCAUUGUAUGAUACGUACCCUCACCUAUCGAUAAAUUUACUGCAUUCAGUUAGUCAAAAGUUGACGUCGUUAGAAAGGAAAAAGUCAGAUAUUAAUACUGUGGAUCAUUGGGCAGUACUAGUCAAAUUUGUACAAGAUCAUAAGCUAUCAGAGUCUCCAUUAAACUUCAUUAAAAACUUAGCAAACUCUGUUGUUAGGACUUAUAAUAGUAUUCAAAAUCAUCAAAAACAACAACAGCAAAGAAUUUUUGAACAAAUGUUCGGAAACCAACAACAACAACAAUUCCAUCAAUACCAACAACACCAGAGACAACAGCAAUUUGUUGAGCCCAACAUAAAAACUGAUAAAGAUUAUUACAAAAUACUUGGUAUAGAGAAGGGUGCCACAACAAAGGACAUUAGACGUUCGUAUUUGCAGUUAACUAAAAAAUUCCAUCCUGACAAACAAAAGAAAAUGAAUCAAGAGGAAAGAGAGAAAAACGAAGCGAAAAUGGCCGAGAUCAAUGAAGCAUAUGAAAUCCUAAGCGAUGAAGAUAAACGCAAAAAAUAUGACGAUGCAAAAUCUUCCAGAGGAAAUGUAUACGGAAAUCAAGGAUUCCGUAGCCAUGGUGGCCAUGGCGGCUUCAAUAAUUUUGGUAAAACAGGGAGAUUUCAGAGGAAAAAGCCCAACCACUGA